AUGGCGAGUCCUUCUCCCCCAGGGGAAGCCAGUCUCUGUGAAUGCGGCCGCAUGUCAAUCACGGGCUCUCAUGUGAUGGCUCUUGCCAAUGACGUGCCAGCCAUAUGGGCCUGGCAUCAAGAGCUGGUAUACUGCUGCACGAUGUUGAGUCGUCUCUUCAGCGAGGUGCUGCCGGACGUUCAGCGGCUCGCGGCGGACUGGGCAGAGGAGCACGAGCACGAGAAGGCGAAAGAAGAGGAUCACGACACGAGCGCACUGAUGGAGAACGACCUGGAUGAUGCUCAGGAGGGCAGCAGCAGGGCCGAGUCUGAGCUCGCGGGAGACGAUGAGGAGGAGGAGGAAGAGGAGGAAGCUGAGGAAGAGGACUGUGGGGACGAGGACGGUUUAGGCGGAAAACCCAAGAAGCGCGGACCUAAAAAACGGAAGAUGACCGCGGAGCGCGUGGAACGGUCCAAAGUGAGACGCAUGAAGGCAAACGCACGGGAACGCACGCGCAUGCACGACUUGAAUUCAGCUUUGGACAAUCUGCGCAAAGUCGUCCCGUGUUAUUCUAAAACUCAGAAACUGUCAAAGAUAGAGACUUUGCGUCUUGCCAAGAACUACAUCCUGGCGCUGGGGGAGAUCUUGCGCAAUGGUAAACGACCUGACGUGGUGACGUACGUGCAAAUGCUGUGCAAAGGACUGUCUCAGCCCACCACAAACUUGGUCGCGGGUUGCAUGCAGCUCAACACCCGGAAUUACCUGACGGAGCAGUGCGCGGACGGUGCGCGCUUUCACAUGGCCGGUUCGCCUUUCUCUGUGCCGUACUCGUACCGAUGCUCACGACUUUCCAGCCCACACUACCAGCCUGGAGCGGGCCCCUUGAGCCUGCGCGCCCAAAGCUAUAGCUCUGCCUAUGAGGCCUCGGAGUACAGCAGCCCGGACUACGAGGCCGCGCACAGCCCCGUGUGCGCGAGCCGGCAGCAUGAGUCUUCGGACUCAGACAGGAAUUACCAUUAUUCUAUGCAUUACUCUGGACUUACCACGUCCAGGAACAACAUAUCCUUUGGGUCAUCUGGAGCGCGCAACAGUGGUGCACAUGCGGAAAACAUUCCACCUUUCCACGACGUGCACCUGCACCAUGAUCGUGGCGCGCAGUAUGAGGAUCUCAAUGCGUUUUUCCACAACUGA